CAUCUGGAGGAGCUCACUGGAGAAUCUCCAACAGCAGAGCGGGUCUUCAGCUACCAUCCAGUCACCUACUGAAGGUCACAGUCCCUCAAGUCGGAAAGCCCACAGUGAGAACCAGAGGCCCACAAUCCUGUGGAGCCCAGGAGAGAGGCCACCAUGUUGCACACAUUUACUAUCUUGCCCUUCUUCAUCGGACUGAGUCUGGGUUUGACACAGAUGGAAAUGGCAGUGAUGGAGUUGUUCACAGAAACCAGCUACCAUCAGGCCCCUUGGGAGAACAUCACACUCUGGUGCAGCAUUCCCUCUCGAGUAUAUAGCAAGUCCUUGCUGCUGAAGGACAAGACCCAGAUGUUCUGGGUCCAGCCUACUUACAAGACUUUCCAAGUUUCAUUCCCCAUCGGUGCUCUUGGUGCUCUUACUGAGUCCAGUGCAGGUCUUUACAGGUGCUACUACUGGCAGGAGAUAGGCUGCGCAGAACCCAGUCAAAUUCUAGAGCUGGAGGCACCAGGUCAACUUCCCAAGUCCAUUUUCUCAAUUGAGGCCAAGAGUUCCACUCUUUCUAGAUGUAAUGUUAGCAUACUCUGCCAUGGAUUGUUGCCGGAUUUGAUAUUAACGCUGUUUAAAGAGGGAUAUGCUGGGCCUGUGGAUUACCAAAUUCCAACUGGGACAGUGGCCAUAUUCUCCACUGACAACCUGACACAUGAAAAUGAAGGAGUUUACAUCUGCCACACUCGUAUCCAGAUGCUCCUCACCCUGUGGUCAGAGCCCAGUGAUCCCCUGAAAGUGGUUAUAGCAGCAGGACUCUACCCCAAACCAACUCUCACAGCCUAUCCUGGGCUCACCCAAGCACUUGGAGAAAGCCUGAAUCUCAGGUGCCAAGGGCCAAUCUAUGGAAUGACCUUUGCUUUGAUGAGACUUGAAGACAUGGAGAAUACCUUGUACCACAAAAAAACAAUUAAAAAUGAAGCAAAUUUCUUCUUCCGGGCUUUGAAAGUCAACGACGCUGGACAUUACCUCUGUUUUUACUAUGAUGGGUCUUAUAGGGGUUCACUUCUUAGUGAAAUCCUGAAAAUCUGGGUAACUGAUAAGCCACCCAAACCCUCCCUGUCAGCUUGGCCCAGCACUACGUUCAAACUGGGACAAGUCCUCACUCUGCAGUGCCGAGCACCUCAUCCUGUACUUGAAUUUUCCUUGGAAUGGGAAGAACGAGCAAAACCCCCCACAUGUUCAGUGGAUGCAGACUUCAUGCUCAGUAAUGUGGGUGGGAAAAGCACAGGAACUUACGGUUGCCGCUACCGCAUACACCCUGACGUCUGCUCACAUCGCGGCAAGCCUCUGAAGCUGAUGGGGCCGGCAGGCACUGUCACCUGGAAUUAUGUUCUGAAUGAAGCUAUCAGGUUAUCCCUAAUCCUACAGCUGAUUGCCUUGCUGUCGGUAGUGCUGUGGAUAAGAUGGAAAUGCCAGAGACUCAGAGUCAGAGAAGCUUGGUUGCUGGGAACAGCUCAAAGGGUCACCAUGCUCUUCCUCGUCAUGGCCUUUCUCUGCUGUGGACUGUGCAAUGGGGUAGUGACAGAAGAGACUGAAAUAAUCAUGCCAACCCCAAAGCCUGAGCUGUGGGCAGAGACCAACUUUCCUCUGGCCCCGUGGAAGAACUUAACCCUGUGGUGCAGAAGUCCUUCUGGCUCAACUAAGGAGUUUGUGCUGCUCAAGGACCGGACCGGGUGGAUCGCAACUCGCCCAGCCUCAAAGCUGGUCCGGGCUGCCUUCCCCCUUGGCGCCCUGACCCAGAGUCACAUCGGGAGUUACCACUGCCACUCCUGGGAAGAGAUGGCCGUGUCAGAGCCCAGUGAGGCACUAGAGUUGGUGGGGACAGACAUCCUCCCCAAACCUGUCAUUUCUGCUCCCCCUCCAAUCCGGGGCCAAGAACUACAAAUCCGGUGCAAAGGAUGGCUGGCAGGCAUGGGGUUUGCUCUGUAUAAGGAGGGAGAGCAUGAACCUGUCCAGCAACUUGGUGCUGUUGGGAAAGAAGCUUUCUUUACAAUCCCAAGAAUGGAGGAUAAAGACGAAGGCAAUUAUAGCUGCCACACUCACACGGAAUCGCGUCCCUUCAAGUGGUCUGUGCCCAGUGAGCCCCUGGAGCUGGUCAUAAAAGAAUUGUACCCCAAACCCUUCUUCAAGACGCUGGCCAGCCCCAUGGUCAUACUUGGCGACCGAGUGACUUUCAACUGCUCCAGUGCCCACCAGCACAUGAGCUUCAUUCUUUACAAAGAUGGAAGUGAAAUCGCGUCCAAUGAUGGGUCUUGGGAAAGUCCAGGGGCUAGUGCAGCUCACUUUCUGAUCAUUUCCGUGGGAAUUGGUGAUGGAGGAAAUUACACCUGCCGCUAUUAUGACUUUGCUACCUGGUCUGAGCCCAGUGACCCUGUGGAGCUGGUGGUGACAGAUUUCUACCCCAAACCCACUCUCUUGGCUCAGCCAGGACCUGUGGUGCUUCCUGGGAAGAAUGUGACCCUGCGUUGCCAAGGGGCCUUCCAGGGUAUGAGGUUCGCCCUCCUGCAGGAGGGAACCCAGGAUCCCUUACAGUUCCAGAGUGCCUCCGGUUACUUAGUUGACUUCCUCCUCCACGCGGUUGGAGCAGAGAACUCUGGGAAUUACAGCUGUGUCUAUUAUGAGACAACCAUGUCAAACAGAGCAUCGCAUCUCAGCACCCCCAUUAUGAUUUGGGUAACUGACACAUUCCCCAAGCCCUGGCUCUAUGCUGAACCCAGUUCUGUGAUUCCCAUGGGGAAAAAUGUGACUCUCUGGUGCCAAGGGCCAGUCCUUGGAGUUGGGUACAUUCUCCAGAAGGAAGGAGACGUGACUUCAAUGCCGCUCUGGGGAUCCUCCAGGGAUGAUGGAGCAUUUCUGAUCACUAACACAUCUGGUGCUAGCACCGGGCGUUACAGCUGCUGCUACCACCCUGACUGGACGAGCCCGAUCAAGCUACAGCCUAGCAACACCCUGGAACUCAUAGUCACAGGCUUGCUCCCGAAGCCCACUCUGGUAGCCCAGCCAGGUCCCUUGGUGACUCCUGGUGAAAACAUGACGCUUCAAUGCCAGGGGGAACUUCCCGACUCAACAUUUGUACUGGUGAAGGAAGGGGCUCAACAACCCUUAGAGAAACGGAGGUCAAGUGGUUCCAGGGCUGAUUUCUGGAUGCCAGCGGUGAGAAAUGAAGAUUCUGGAAUCUAUAGCUGUGUCUAUUAUUUGAAUUCUGCUCCCUUUGCAGCUUCCAAUCACAGUGACCCCAUGGAGAUCUGGGUGACUGAUAAGCCUCCCAAACCUUUGCUGUCAGCAUGGCCCAGUGCUGUGUUCAAGCUAGGAAAGGACAUCACUCUUCAGUGCCGAGGACCCCUUCCAGGUGUGGAAUUUGUCUUGGAACAUGAUGGAGAAGAUGCACCCCAGCAAUUCUCAGAGGACGGAGACUUUGUCAUCAAUAACGUGGAAGGGAAAGGCAUUGGGAACUACAGCUGCAGCUACCGCCUCCAGGCCAACCCUGACAUAUGGUCCGAGCCUAGUGAUACCCUGGAGCUGGUAGGGGCAGCAGGGCCUGUUGCUCAGGAGUGCACUGUGGGUAACAUUGUGCGAAGCACCCUGAUUGUGGUGGUUGUCUUAGCCUUGGGAGUGGUGUUAGCCAUUGAAUGGAAGAAGUGGCCCCGACUCCGAACCAGGGGCUCAGAUACAGACGGAAGGGACCAGUCCAUAGCCCUUGAAGAGUGUAUCCAAGAAAUAGAACUGGGCACAACCACUAACUCUCCCUCCUCAAUCUCUCAGGAAACAUCAGAGGAACUGCCAGCCCUAAUAUAAUAUUCUUUUCAUUUGCAAAAACCCACAGAAACCUACUGGUUUCCUUGGGAGACAGCCCAUUUCACCACUCCUUGGCCUCUGAUCCCCUGAGGUGGGUCAAAGUGAUUCUGGGAGUUGAACGCUUUCCUAGAGUGAGAUGUUUCUUGAAGAGAGGUUCCCUAUUCUGUAACUCUUCACUGUACUGAUUUACUGGUGCAUGCCAUUCUCUUAAAGAUGUAUUCUCCUGAAUAAAUUGCGUAUUCACUAGUUCA